AUGACAAAGGAGGAUAUGAUGAUUGAAUGGCGUAAGCAACGCAAAUUGACGGUAUCGCCAAGCGAAAUAGGUCAGAGACCACUAUACGACAGCACAACUAAUUCAAACGAAUAUCAGCCAUCUACAGAGCCUGCUUUUUUUGCAAACGAAUUAAUCACUUGUUGCAAACACGGCCUUAAAUGCAGAGAAUACUAUAGUCGAAAAUCCGACAAAAAGAAAAUUUCUUCAUUGUGGCCGAUAUCUGAACUGCUCGGUCAGAUUGGUCAAGCCACAAACUUGAAAACAUCAAGUCAUGAAUUACUACUUCCGCAAGAACCAUUGACCAAAAAUAAUGCAGCGGAGAUGUUACCAGAAAAUGGUUCGAAUCUGGAAAUUCUGCACAGGUUCUAUCUUGGACAAAGACCUCGAUCAGCUUCCAUUCCACUGACACGGGUUGUCCAAAACUUUGGUUUAUAUCACGAGGUGAUACCAUGA